AUGGCUUGGGACGCCUCGCGUGCAAUGGCCCAAUUCUACAGCAACAACAUUAUCGCCGACAACAUGACUGCUCGCAAUGGUCAUGGCACUCCAUACCCAGUAGACUCCAAAGAACUCAGGAUCCUUCAAGAUCCGCUCUUUGGCCCUGGAUCUAGAGGCUUUCGAACCAACCCGCCUCGAAUCUCACUCCAACAAGCCUACGAACGGCUGUGCACGUAUCAGCGACCCGAUGCGAAAAGUAACAACAGAUGGAAGGCUCUACGUGAGGCGAUGAAAUGCGAAAAACUCACAUGGGACCUCAUCAUCAAGAUGUUCGACGACAUUGAUGCCUGCUUCUUCAAUGGCGAUCUCCGAAGAAGAGUAUAUCUACGCUGGAGACCUUUUGAUGGCGAAGAAGAGAUUGCCAUCGGGGUGACGAUGUCUGCAUGCGCCUGGGAAAAUCGCAAAAGGGUGUCGAUCUCGUUGCGGACAAAUCACAAGUGGGAAGCUGUGCCCAAGACUUCUGUUCUUGGCACACUUGUGCAUGAAAUGGUGCACGCCUACUUCUUGAUACACUGUGGAGAGCUCGGGUCAUUGGAAUUCGGAUGCAUGGACCCGAGUCACGGAACGGUCUUCACCGCGGCGGCGAACAUGCUGGAGAGACUGACUUCGCUGGAUCUGACUACUGAUUCGAUAAUGAAUUCUAUGCUCAAGGAAUCUCCAGCAACGGGGCCGAACGGCCGAGGGACGAUGGAUAUGAUGCCUCAACAUGGGUAUGGAUAUGGACCUCAGGUGGCGUGGCCGGGUAUGUGGUUCUGA